UAUUAUUUCUUCAGGCUAAAUUUUAAGCCAGUUAUAUGCUUUGUUGAAGUCUGUGGGAUUACUAAUAAACCAACUAAAGUCAAGGACAAGCUUAAAGAGUGAGAUCAGCACAUAAAACGUGGAACAGCAGGAAAGAAAACUCAAAAAUGGGUCUUAUGGCUCAGAAAGCAGGCGGAGCGAGACCAGCAUCAGCAAAGGGGAUGUCUGGCACAGUAACUGCAAACAGAACAAGAAGAUCUGACUGACAGCUUUUUAUUGUAAUCACUUAUCAUACAAGCAACAAACCGGCAUUGUAUACAUUUUGUUAGAGAAGAAUAAAGUGAACGGAAAAACACCAGCAAAUGGGGGGAAAAAAAAAUUGGGGCUUGUAAUUAUAGUGUUAGUUACUUUUAUGUAGCAUUUCUUUUUACUUCAUUGUGCUAGAAGAUAUAAAACAGAGGGAGCAUGUGCAAAAGAGAGCUCUAUAAAAUGAUGAAUAUGGGUUAUAGACUGAACAAAUAUUGGUUAAAAAAAUAAAAGGUGUGGCGGAGCGGCAGAUAAAACAAAAGGUUCUGUUAACAAGUCGAAGUGAAUGCAAUCGGCGCUUGUUCUGCAGUCCAGAAAAUGAAAUAUGGAUUCAGACCUUCAUGUGGGCAAUAGAUUUUAAGGUUAUUUCAGGUAUUUCGAAGAAGCUCCAACUGUUUGGACCCAGCAGAAAAUGUUCUCCUUUUGGCGGUUUGCCCUCCUGUCAGUCAUCACCUUCUACAUUCUUGGUUCCACACUGUCCGAUUUCCUCUGCCGUGUUUUCAUCAUGCAGUAUAAAUAUACAUUUCCUGUAUUUCUCGCCUUCGGAGAGGUUCUGCUAACUUUGCUGGUUCUGAAGCUGUUAAGAAGAAUGGGAUGGGCCUUGAUUAAGCCGUAUUCCAUGCGCCUUGGGGAGCAAUUUCUUGUGCCUUCAAUUUGUUUCAGUUUUCAGGCCGUGUUGGACUUCUGGGCUGUCUGCUAUGUCCACUCCCGCCUCUUCUGUAUGAUCCAGCACCUCAUUCCAAUAGCUUGCCUGGCUUGGGAGUAUGGCCUUGGUAUGCCACAUGCCUGUUCCUCCAGGGUUCGCCUGCUGGUCACCAUCAUCAGUGUCUUUUCAUUUCUUCAAGAUAUUCAGAGCUUAUCGGAUGACUACCUCGCAUGUGUGUACAGCCUACUAAGCCUUCUCCUUGACAGCCUGUAUCUGUGUUGGCUACAGAUGACCAUACAGAUACAGUCGCAUGGCAGCACUUCAGUGGUGGAUGUAUACUACACAAUCAUUGUUAACAGCAGUCUAGUGCUCGGUCUUCUCUGGGUUCUGCAAAUGGACUACUCGCAUGCUAUUGCUCAGGGCAGCUGGAACAGUCUAAUAUUUAUGGGGUACCUAGUUGCAGUGUUGGGCCUGGGAUCCCUGUUUAGAUUCUUGAUCUGCUGGACAGUUCUCAGAGGAUCAGCAAUAACUGCUAGUAUCAUGAAAUUAGCAAAAGAAAACUUUAAUCUAAUAAACGGCUUGUGGUCCAGCUCCAUGCCUGCUUCUUUAAUCAGCCCCAGUGGGAUGGUUUUGUAUGCAUAUUGGAUCAUAACUGGAAAAACAAGGCUUGUAAUGGACAGCUAACAUCCAAAAACAAGAAGAGGUAAAGGUGCCCUUACAGGCUGAAAGAUCUGCUAAUCGACAAUUGUAAAUGUAAACAUAUGUUUGAACUGUAUGCUGUGUUGAAGAUCCUUAAUAUUAAAAAACACUAUGUGUGUAUCUGGUGCACAAGUUGGAUAUUUUUUUUGUCCAUUUCCAACUUUACUUACAGCUAUAUCAGGCUGAGUAUUUAAGCAAAUUUGAAAAUCAUUUACCAUUUUCACUCUUGAAAAAAAUUUUAAAAUCCCUCAUUUCACACAGGGG